AUGAGCACCAGCAGCAGCACGCUGGGCCAGCGUCUCUGGCAGGGGCCGGUGUGCGCUGGCUGGAGGCAGGAUGUGGAAGGGGCUCUCUACCACCUGGCUAACUGUGUCUUCCUCCUGGGCUUCAUGGGGGGCAGUGGGGUACAUGGAUGCUUCUAUUUCUUCGGCUUUCUAGGCACGGGCUACGUGUGCUAUGUGCUGUGGGGCUGGUUCAAUGCCUGCGGCCUGGACAUUGUCAUCUGGAACAUCCUGCUGGCAGCGGCCUGCGUGCUCCAGCUGGCACACCUGGUCUACCGCCUGCGCAAGGACACCCUCCCUGAGGAGUUCGAGCUCCUCUACAAGACGCUGUGUCUGCCCCUGCAGGUGCCCAUGCAGGCGUACAAGGAGAUUGUUCGCUGCUGCGAGGAGCAGGUCUUGACUCUGGCCACGGAGCAGACCUAUGCCGUGGAGGGCGAGACGCCCAUCAACCGCCUGUCCCUGCUGCUCUCUGGCCGGGUUCGUGUGAGCCAGGAUGGGCAGUUUCUGCACUACAUCUUUCCUUACCAGUUCAUGGACUCUCCCGAGUGGGAAUCACUGCAGCCCUCUGAGGAGGGGGUGUUCCAGGUCACUCUGACUGCAGAGACCCCAUGCAGCUACAUUUCCUGGCCCCGGAAAAGUCUCUACCUUCUUCUGGCCAAAGAUCGAUACAUCUCCCGGCUCUUCUCGGCCCUGCUCGGCUAUGACAUCUCAGAAAAGCUCUACGCUCUCAAUGAGAAGCUCUUUGCUAAGUUCGGGCUGUGCUUCGACGUCCGUCUCCCCAGCCUCUAUCACGUCCUGGGCUCUGCUGCUUCAGAUUCAGGGCCGGAGUCCGAGAAGGAGGAAGAAGCCCAUGAGCCAGCCGCAUCCCCUCCUCAGGCCAUGCCCACUUCUGUCCAGCAAACACCCCCUUGUACUCCCCCUCCAGCUGCCACCAAUCCCCCUGCUCGGCCCUCCCGGGCCAGGAUGUCCCGGCCUGACAGCGGCGUCCUGGCUUCUAGAAUUCCUCUCCAGAGCUACUCUCAAGUUAAGUCUACCAGACAGGCCCCCUUGGCUCCAAUCCGCACUCCUGAACUUUAA